AUGACCGUCAUAUACCGACCAGGUCAUGACAACCCAGCUGACUACCUCAGCCGUCACCCUAUACACCUGCCACCGAGCGACAGGGAACAAAAAGUAUCAGAAGAAUAUAUAAACUACAUCCUCUCAACAUCAACCCCCAAACCAAUGACGAUUGAAGAAGUCGCAACAGAAACCGCAAAGGACAAGACACUCACAGCCGCCAUACAAGCCCUCCUCACCAACAAGUGGUACGGUAUUGACGAUGAUGUAGAUAAAGCGACAUUCCAAACUCUGCAUGCCAACCGUGCCGAACUCUCACUAGCACACAAUGACAGCAUCGUUCUCAAAGGACGCCGGAUAGUACUGCCCAAGACACUACAAAGCAGAGCCGCCCAAAUCGCACAUACCAGACAUCAAGGCAUCGUGAAAUCCACGGCCCUCCUCCAAGAAAAGGUCUGGUUCAAAAACAUGCAAGCCCUAGUAGAAGAAAACAUCAGGAACUGUCACACCUGCCAGAUCAGCACCCACAAACCUGCAAGAGAACCACUGCAAAUGUCCCCAUUACCAGCGGCUCCAUGGACAGAAGUCAGCGCUGACUUUGGACACCUCCAAAAUGGGAAAUACCUACUUGUCGUCACAGACGAGUACUCACGCUACGUUGUUAUUGACAUCCUAGACUCCAUCUCAACGACAUCAGUGAUACCCCGCCUGGACAAAAUAUUUGUGAAGUUUGGGGUACCAGUAUCCCUCAAUACAGACAAUGGCCCACCAUUCAACAGCAGCGAUUUCAAAGACUACGCCUCCCUCACUGGAUUCAAACACAGGAAAAUAACACCCCUGUGGCCCCAGGCCAAUGCUGAAAUGGAAUGCUUUAUGCGCACUAUAAAAAAGUCCAUCAAGGCUGCCCUAAUUAAAGGCUGA